UUACAGAUGACCCUCCCCUCCGAAGUCCAGCCCAAUAAAAAACGUACCUUCCCUAAAUGAGAAAAGAUCAGUACUUCCAAAAAGUGUUUGUGUGAACCGUAUCUUGAUAUGAAAUUAAACCUUUGACUACUAGAAGAGGCCAAAGUUAAAAUUAGGCAAAAAUUUCAAUUUUCAUUUUGUAAAAUGCUGAAUAACAAAUAAACCUAUGUAAAAGUACUGGUGAAGAGAUUUUAUUUGAAUGGUCACACGAUAGGAACUCGCCCACAGACACAGUUAGAACCAUCCUACAAGAGUUGAUCAUUCGCUCUAAGAGUAAAAGGUUUAUGUGAAAAAUUACCCUUAUUAUUGAAGUAAAUACUAGAGAAAGCCUUGGUUGAAAUUAACACUCAGUACCUUGUUGCUACAUGUGUAAUGUCCUACUCAACUGAGCUACUAUAGUCUGCGAGCAAGUUCUCUGUAGGGCUCUGGGGAUGGGUUUUUUUUCCUGUUCCCCGCCCCCUGACUUCCCCAGAGAGCUCGCUCGCUCGCCAGAGUCGCCAAAGCAUUGUGCACUGGGAGUAAUCCAAAAACAAGGACAAAACAUUAUGCUUAUAAUUAUUCUUUAUGUAAAAUGUUUGUUUUUCUCCAAACAGCUGCGAAGUGAGGAGACAGUGGAAUUACAGCACAUUAUGGAGGAGAUCAGCAAGAUGUUCAGUGGGCGCCGGCGAGGAACGGAGUGGAGUGUUCCAUGGCCUUAUAAAGGUUACUGUUACUGUUUUUGCAAUUUUUUAUUUUGCUUUGUUGUCUGAUUUUGUUCAUUUCUUUUCGGCUUGCAUUUGUUGAAACGCUGUGAUAUAGACUGUUCACAGUCCCCUAUUUUUUCGUGAGAUCGUUUAGAUAUACCGAAUCUUACCGUCACGGCUAUCUUGAUUUUCAAAUGUACCGAGGGGGUGGACGUCGGGGAUUAUAGCAGCCCGUAACGCAAAUCGCUCGAUCUCGAUGAUCUUACGGAAAAAUAGAGGACUGUGAACAGUCUACUGUGAUAAAACUCACUAAAAUGCGAGCAGCAAAAAGUUUAAAAGCGAACCACUCGGGAAUGAAUUUAUUUGUUAAAAUUGAAGAGUAAAAACGUACGAAACGAAUACGAAACUCGUCACUCUGUUGGCAUGUAAUGGUGUAAAGAAGUGUAACACUAAACCAAAAUGAAUUUUGUAGGUCUGGUUUGUGCUGCGAGAUUUACUGAAGACAAAGUCUGGUAUCGAGCUUUAGUUACAGGUGAGGAUUCUAUCAAACAAACACAACCUAAAUAUCGCAAACACCCGUUUUCGCGGAUACUCCCGGGACAGUGAGCAUAUAGGCUAUCGUCACACUAUAUCGACUCGAAAAGGUAUCUGAUACCAUAGUGUAAGCAGCAACGAACAAGUCCACUACAUCCUAGUCCUUAUUCAUAAAUAUCUUCUUCCGUCUCAGUGGGCUGCAGUCCUCGCUCCUACGUAUCCACUUUCGAUACCGUCCGAAUACCUGAUCACACUACACCAAAGUGUGGCACAGAACCUAUCCCGUAUGUGACGCUUCACUAUCGAGAUCAGUGCGGCGCAGUUUCGCUUCGUUAAGGCUGAUUUAGACGGUAAGAUUUUUGUUUACGACUAUCGUGCGUGAGGAGCAUACGUUAUGACUUUCGACCAUCCACACGCGCACUAUUUUCACUUACGACAUCCACAUGUGUCGUACGUAUGUCGUUUGUUAAUUUACACGACACGAUCUGUCGUGAAGUCAUGACGUAUGCUAGUUGCGCACGAUAGUCGUAAGCAAAAAUCGUGCCGUCUAAAUCGGCCUUUUCAGAAAUCGCGCCGAAAUCACCGUUCUUGAUUGUGAACACAAGCCCAAUCCGGGUAUGGUUUUCAUGCCGGUACAGGAGCUAUCUGGUAGACUGUGAACAUAGCCUUGGUGUCCUUACUCGCGAGAGUUCGUUAUAGCUGGAGUUUAUCUAGAGAAACGUCUGUGAUUCAAUUUUGCCGAGGAUUUAGCUGCUGUCCAUAUCAUUAGGAUAUCUGUAACAGUGUGGUGUCUGUAAGGCGGUAUAUGACUGUUUAAGGAUGAUUUUAGCCAAAUUGCCGAAAAAAAGAUUACUGUACCUGAGAGCUAAAAUAUGUCCAUUAUUAGACGCUAAAGAAAAUAUUCCCCAUUGAUAACAGUUUACCAAAGCAGGCAAAAUUCUGUCAACUAUUGGAAUGCUAUUGUUUGUCCAAAAGGUGUUUGUUUUAAGGUAAGUGCCACUUUGUUGUUGUUUUACAGCUGUCAACAGUGACGAGACAGUAAAUGUCACAUAUGUGGACUUUGGAAACUCUGAAAAGUUGCCGUUUUCUGAAAUCAGGAAACUACCCGAUAUGUUUCUCAGGUUACCAAAACAGGUAAUUAAACUAUGUUGUCUUAUUUCAGUGAUGCCACAUGUUAGGUACGGCUUAAUUUGUACUCAGUUCUCAUUGGAUGUUGGGGUGAAACAAAUUGCAACACCCAUGCAGCCGUUUUUGUCUCGUCACGCAACGCUACUCCGCCAGAAGGGGAAGGAGCACUGCGUGACGAGACAAAAAAUGCUGCGUGGGAGACUACCUUACGAACCCCACGUUGUUAUGUUAUUUCUCAUGUUUUUUGCAGGGACUAUUUUGGGGAUAUUUUGGGACUAUUUUCACAACCUUGUAACAGCCAAUGAAAGAAUCGUUAGUGUCCCCACAACUGUCGUAUCCAUAGUGCAAACUAAUACAAAUCCGACACUCAGAAAACACACUCUCACACUCACACUCACACUCAGAACAAAAAAACACAUCUUCAGCUGACACCAUUCACGUUGAGCUUACCUAGCACUCAGAUUAAAUCCAAUUUCAAAUUUUACCAAAGCAAGCAGAUGUCAAGGCUCGUUAAAACGGACACUAAAUAGGGCCAUAGAAAGUGUCCCAAUUAACAGGGCGUCUGUAUUGAGAGGGUCAUGUUAUUAGAGUAAAAAAAGCACCUUUUAUUAGAACAAAAUACUACAGAAAUAGAACGGGACGGUAGCAUCGCCAAAUAAAACAUAUCUAACUUUCACACUGGUCAUUCCGCAGUUCGCUCAUCUGAUGAUCUAUAUACUACUUAAUCAAAACCGUCCUCUGCAUAAUUAUUUCGAUGCCUGAAAAUAGUCUGAAAGUGAUGUCUACAAAUCAUCGUAUCCGAUGUACUGUACAUUUAGCGCUGGGAACAUCGACAUGCUGUCGACUGAAUACCUUCAGGAAGGAAAGGCUUGUUACAACAUACAAUUGAAUUUAGAGAAAUGUAUGGACUUUCCUCUGGGACAAAGAAAACUGUUCGUAAUAACGAGUUGUCUGUAAAGCGGGAUUGGACUGUAUUAUGGAGAACCCCUGGUUUACAUUAUUGCUAAUCGCUGUUCGAUUUUCAAUUGUAAUCAUCCAUUAAUAGCUAAUUAACUCUAAGGGACCUGUGUGAAAAAGGAAGCAUUCAAUUUGGUGUUUUUAAAUUUAAUUCUAUUUUAAUUCUAUUUUGUAUUUUUUCAAGGCAUUGCCUGUUUCUCUUGUGGAUAUUAAACCAAGUGGAGCUGAAUCCGAAUGGCAGGUAAGAAGCAAAACAUUCAAUUUCGACAUAGAUAUUUCUUUUCGUAUGAGUGACUGGGGAUUUGGAUGGCGCAGCGAUGAAAGCACUCGCCUUCCAGCAAAAUGGCCUAGGGUCGAGUUCCAGUUUCGACCAAUCAGAAAUGCUAUCUGACUUAAGUUUGUGGUUGGUUCUCUUCUCUGCUCCGAGGGUUUUUUUCUCGUUUUUCCAGUUUUCUCUUCUCCUCAAAAACCACCAUUUGAUCUGGAAAGUCGGCUUUCCAAUUAGUUUGGGGCACAGGUUUUAUAGUUUUGGAACUGUCAAGUUUCAUCUUCUCUAAGUAACGUUAGGUUUUUUUGUGGAUAUUAACUGUUUUCACUUUGUGGGCAUUUCUUGUGCUUGCUUAAGUUCCUUGCAUUCUCUUUUUCUAACAGGAUCAAGAUAAUUUAACCACCUUAAUUUUGAACAGAUCGUUGGUUGUUGACGUUAAAGGUAAAGAUGACAGCUUUAUAUGUAGUCCGGCGCUUAAGUUACACUAAACCCAAGUCGUGCUUAGACUCGCCGUGAACAAAACAAAACAACAUAAAACAGAAGGAACUUGUUUCCUUCGGUAUUUGCCGCAUGCAGUGCGUCCUUUAGGCGGGAAAUUUUAUAUUCAAUCUCCUGAUUGGCUGUUAAUUGUGGGACUCGGAAACCUGAGAUAAACAUCUCGUUAUCUGUCGCGGUGGCGUCUGUAUCGAUCUAUGUGCUGGGUAGCCUGUGCAAAGACGUCUCCUAUUUCUAUUUUGCACGUCUCUUUUCCGCGUGCAAGGAAGGAAAUAGGAGACGUCUGAGCGCAGGCGACCCAGCAUAAAUCUUGAUAAAUGUAUUAAGUAUAAACUAAAACAGUGGAUAGUGGAUAGUUGAUAAGCUCCCCUUUUACGAUGUUUGUAUUGUUUUAAUAUUGUCAGGCGUUGUAGAUGACAAGAUGUCUGUCUUACUUUAUGACACCUCGGGAGCUCAAGAUGUUUGCAUCAACGAGUUUCUUGUCCUGAAUGGUUUCUGUCAAUCAGCUGGAUUAGGGUAGGCGUGUUUAAAGAAUUGCCCUCUUGUUAGGCUAUAUUUUCUAGAUCUUAUGUGAGGACAAUGUGGAGUGGUUAGGAUCACAGGUUCACUUACCCGGCCCAAACUUUUUCCAAGACUUCGGCUUACCUUUUUCGGAAGGUUUUGGCCAAAUUGUAAAAUUUCCGAAGUCUUCGGAAGACUUUGGAAACUGUCGGAAGCUUUCAAGGACUCUAAAAUCAUGUUCAGAGGUCGCUGGGAAACUAUAGCGGGUCGACUCAGUCCCCAGCCUCUCUACACGUAUCCUGAUAGUUUUGAUAACGAAGGUUUUUGGUCCGUUUUCAUGAAAAGAAAAGAAAGAAAGAAGAAAAAUACGCGUCCACACGUAACGUAUUUGAAUGGUUUUAGUUCGUCCACAUGAAAACGCUAAGACGAUGGAAAGACGAUGGCUUCCCUUACAGGGCGUGCGUAAUGCUAGUAGGUUCUCCCGUGAUGUAUGACAUCAUCUUAUUCGAAAACUUCCGUACACGUAAACGAGAAGCCGGUAUUUUCAGAAAUCUCAGCUUUGGGGACUAUUUUGUAAAAACCUGCGUUUUUAGUGCCCGAAAACGCCGUUUACUUGGACGGUAGGCUAAAACAGCGAAAAAAAUCUACGUUUUCAGUAACAAUAUCUGGAUACUUAUGGACGGGAACUCAGGUUAUCCCUCGUGGUGACAUCAGUAGGAGAAUGAAUUGGUUCCUUCAUAGAGUACAGUUUGGGAUUAAUGCUGCUUAAUAGACUGUUCCCAUAUUUCUGUGUACAAAAGCACUAACUUGAGGCUUGGGGUUGACAAAAUAUAACUGCAGUCCACCCAAGCUUUGACCUCGUUUCAUUGUGUGCACUCACUGGAGCCCACAGAAUGAAACCACACGACUUUUUCGUCAAUCACAACAUUUCUGUCAUGACAUAAGUUUUAAUGAGCAAACCUAGCUUUUGGAGUUUUGUUGUUUGGUAUUUUCAUGUCGAGACUUUUUCUGAUUACGUGGAGAGGUAAUGUUUACGUUUCAGUCAUAUAAAAGACAUGAAAGAUAAAACCGAGAGGAUAGCAAAAGAAAAAGGUGAAUUGAAAAGGAAAAACAGCAUGCCUUGCAGGACACUAGCAUGCUCAUUCAAGCGUUCUUGCAGCAUUGUUAAAAGCUGUGAAGAGCUUGCGGCAGAAAAAGAAAGUACAGAGGAGAAGACUUCAGAAACGAAUAGCCAAGAAGGUAGUGUAACUGCUGGCAGUGAAAAUCAAGGCGACCAAACAAGUCAGUGUAGUUCAUACACAGAGGAGGAGAAAGCAGUACUUGAAGAGAAAACGGUUUUGAAAGACGCCAGCCCUGUUGUUUUUGAAGAGUUCAAGUACAAGCCUGCUCCUGUACCAGAGAAGAACAGAUUUCAAGCAGGGAUCACUUUUGUGGACUCUCAAGGUUAUAUUUAUGCCCAGGAAGUGAAAGAAGGCGAGUUAGUUCCCUUUGCAGUGUAACAGUUUCGCUGUACACUUUUGUAUAAAGGAAUUAAUUUGAUACCAGGAAAGCGAAGGCAGAUAGGACGGCAGAAAAAAGUAGGACUGACAAGCGAAACAAUUCCCUGAUUGAUUUUGCAAAACAGCAACGUUUGAUGAUUAAAUUCGAGGUUUGUGGAAAACGCGAAGACAUGAGAUAAACCUUUUCUCCUCAUUUAUAUUCACUCUCAUUUCUAAGCCUCUUCCCUGACUUUGCUUAUUUUCAAUGAUCUAUCAUAAAUGACGGUCACCUAGACUGUUCACAGUCCCCUAUUUUUCCGUGUGAUCGUGGAGAUUGAGCGCGUCUUACCGUUAAUGGCGGGCAUCUUGAUUUUCAAAGUUACCGAGAGGGCAGGCGCGUCGGGGAUUCAGACCCACUCGAACAGUCUAACGGUCACCCAACUAGAUUAGCUUUGUAGUUAUUUUGGGUGUCUCGUUACUGUAUAAUUUUUUAUUCGAGGGCAGGUAUCUCUUUAGUUACUCAACGUAUAGUACGUUGUUGUUGUUGUUGCUGUUUGUGGACAUCAAAGCUUCUUUAAAUUCAGACCCUGGACAUUUUAGUAUUGAAUGGCAUAAGAGGUCAUAAGACAAAGUCAAACAGUUGCAAAAAAUUUGAAAAGAACCCGAUUAGGAAAGGAAAGUUUCAGUCAGUGUAUGUAUUGAUGAUUGAGAUCUACUUAUCCAAGAAAACACCAUUUUGUUUCUUGUUUUCGAUUAUUGCAGGAGACCGAACCUUGAUAAGCAUCAUGAGCUCCCUUCUGGAGAGGUAUGGAAAAGGUGAUGACACUAGCACCGCCCCCUCUAAUGUGACGUCGUUGCCCCCCGGGUUCCCAUGCGUGGCGCAGUUUACUGAGGACGGCAUGUGGUACCGUGGGAGGGUAGUCAAGUAUGUUGAUGAAGAUAAAGUGGAGGUAAAUUGAUGACGUUAGCGUGACGUCAAAACAUAAAGGCCUAAUCUUAUCACUCUUAAGGUUUAUUACGUUUACGGCAAAAUGUUGUUACAUUUAGGACUUUAUUCAAUUAGGUUCGUUUAUUACAUUUAGGUCUUCUACAACUUUCUUUUUUCAGGGAGUUUAAUUUUUGCGGAUUGGCGAUUUUUUUACAUUUUGCGGGCAAGCGCAAAAAAGACAAGAAAAGGGCGGAUGGGUGCAUCUGGAAAGAUUAAAGCGGAUUGCGUUUAGCUAAGCUAUAAAAGUGAGAAUAAUUGUCUUCGCCGACUGAAACUGAUUUAGUCUAUAAAAGACUUGCACUUAUUUGCAGUGUUCUUUUGAGUCCUUGCUUUUAUUUGGACGCAUGAUAUUGAGAAAUACCGCUAAUUCAAGGGACUUUACAUUUCUGUCAGGUUAACUACGUUGACUUUGGAAAUUCUGAAGUUGUGCCGGUGUCGGCGAUAAGACAAGAAAUGCCUUUUAUGGAAAUACCACAGCAGUGUCUUCAGCUUGUUCUGCGUGGCAUUGAACCCGUAAGCCUACUAAUUUCUUCCUUCGCAAACUCCCCCAUGUGUGGGGUGUGCGAUCUUCUAGUUUAAUAUUCUCUUAGUGAUAUGUUUUUGUUUAAAUGUACCGUUUGAAUAACGAGCCUUAUUUUAAAGUCUCCUUUAAAGGCAGUUUGUCGCAUGGGUCUAAUUUAAUAGGCUUUCGUUACCACAAGUCUCCUGUUCUUUAUUGGUAGAGAAUCUUGACUAGUUACUGUAAAGGUUCUUAGUUCACCCCCUGUUGGGACCACUCGCUGUUUUUUUCCGAGUUGCCUGUGUCACUAACUGAAGAAACAUCACUCUAAAUAGGUACGAAGUUAGACACCUUGACUUAAGACGCGGUUUUGUAAACGGAAUUUUAGUAAGAAGACAGACUUACUUAAAGGUGACUCUUUUAGAAAGGGGUUUUGAGUGUGGUGAUCAUAAUGCCUCGGCGCUGUUUUCAUGAUCAGUGGAAUGUAUAAAACCACAAUUUACACUCUGACCAAUCGUUACAGAUACAGUCAGUUCCCGAAAGGAAUCAGAACCAGAAGAAAGUUCACCAGGUCGUUUGGUUAUAGCGCAAAAACAUGAGCUUGAGCGAGUCACUGUUGACUUUUGCUCCUCUUCGGACUGCGAACAAUUAUUGGAUGAGGUUUUUGUGAUUUCCGGGAUGAUCAAAACCAAGACUUUUUUCACUUACUGAGACCUUCAUUAUUCCGGAUAUCACAAAAACCGAAUAACUAAAAGUAACUGUGUUAUUAUACAUCCUUGUUUUGAAGAAAAUAAUGACCAACACAGCAUCCCAUGGAGCACAUUUUGACCUCGCUCUUGCAAGUAGUGCCUUGUGCGCGCGCGCAACCUACAGACUAGUCAGUAAUCUGGUAGCAGAUAACUAGCUAUCUGUUGAUUGUGUAGCCUCCCACGCAGGCGUUUUUAGGGGAUGAAAAACGAGCUCCCCUAAAAACGCCUGCGUGGGAGGCUAGUGAUUGUGCUGAUUUCCAAAAUUAACUGUAGGCUCUUUGCCAAUGAGAAGACAGAUGGUGAGUGCGAUGUAUGAUAGUCUGAGAAACUUGUGCGUGAUUUUUCAGCCAGUCCCAUUGCAUCCCAACCAAAGCAAUCGCGCGGUUAUUUUAACAGGAAACUUAUAACUCUGUUUUGAACGCACUUGUUUCUACCUCGUAGAAAACCAGUGAUGGACACUGGCCUGCUGAUACCAUCCGAGAACUAUCUCAAGAAAUUGUCGGUCAAGACUGCAUUGCUGUCAUCAAGGUUUGUCUCUGGACCAUCUGACUUUGACUCAGAAGAGCUAUUACGAGGAUAUGAAUGCAAAAAAAAUUUUGAAACACUUCCGAUUUCCUUUCCUUUUUUACUUUAUUUUGGGGAGUUUAGGAUCUCACGUUGGCGACGGCAACAAGAACGUCAAACAAACAAACAAACAAACAAAGCAGUAGUUUUAGAUUAGCAAAACGACAACUGAACUUUGCACGUGCAGCACACUUUUUAGUGCAUUUCUUUGUCGUCACUACACGACUACGACGUAAAAUUUCUUGUUUUAUGGAGAACGUAAGCAAAAGAUGACUAAUUUCUUUUUCUUUUGAUGAAGUUAGAUAUUCAACUUUUGAUAUUCAAUUUAUUUUUUGCAAUAUAACUCCAGGAGAGUUCGCCUACAUUUGACGUAGAGAGCCAGUUGGAAUGUUUAAGUUUUAAAGAACGCGAAGACACUUCAAGUAAUAUAUCAAGCAUGAGACGCAGUGUUUCAUCACCAGAUGAAACACUGAGAAGAGAGUUGAAAAUACAACAUGCAGCCGAGUAUUUUUGACGAACUUCGAGGUGUUUCAUCUGGUGAUGAAUCACUGUGUCAAAUGCUUGAUAUUACUUCUCAAACGAACUGAUUUUAGAAGGAGAAAUUAAGGAUGCAAAAAUGAGCAGUUUUUCAUCUGAUUUCCAAACACUCAUUAAACAUAAAAUUUCCUUUGUAUUUUCUUUAUGAAUUAUUAAUGAGUUGACAAAGGACGUUUUCGCCGCCGUUGCUGUUGUGGUAUCCUAUUGCUAACUCCAUAUCAUUUUUGCAUCAUCAGGGUGACAAACUGCCUGGCUAUCCUCUGGUGGUGAGACUGUUUCUCUCUGACGACUCCGACGUGGCGCAGACUCUGUUGAGUAGGGGCCUGGUAAAGAAGUCUGUUUUACUUAAUGAUGAAGAACCACCCCAGUUUUACCCCCAAAAGAGAGGACCUAAUAAGGCCAAGCCUGUCAAGUCUAAACGUUCAAUUACUGAAACCAGGUUGGUUCUUGCUUUCAAAAGUUCUCCUCAAGAAGGCAUUGUGAUCAAUUUUGCGACUAAAAGCAAAGAAACAGUUAUGAAUCAGUAGCUUAGGAGUUGUUUACUUGGAGGGAGGAAGAUCCUCGCACUAGGAAGAUCCCAGAAGGCGGAUCAUCCUAGCGCCAUAUGUUUUCUGUAUUCAGUUUACAUGCAAAGGGUUGUACUUGUCGCUAGCACUGAGACAGGGCAAUCUUGAUGCUGAUGUACGUUGCAGGGCCCACGCGCAAAAGAUUGGUUCGCGGGAAGCUGAAUGCAUGCUGGCACGCACAAACCUCCCUUUGGAUGACAUCCGGUAUGACGUCACUAUUACUCAUAUAGAACGACCUGACUGUCUGUACAUCCAGCGGGUUCCGCCAACAGACAAAGACCCGGGUUUCUCAGAUGAUCCCGACCCCACCCUAGAGGCUGCAGCAGAGGAGCUACAAACCCUGGAAGAGAUCAUGGCGAAGAUUAAUGAGCCAGAUUACUUCAAGAAGUACACUCCGCUUACCACUGCCAGUGAAGGUAAGUGGGCUUCGUGUCCGAAGUAAAUUUCAAAAAGUUGCCGACGGAAAUUCUUAAAGAAACAGGGUAUCUACAUUUUUUGUACGCAUUGCAUUCCUAUGCUGCUUUAUUGCAGGCAUGUUAUGCUGCGCGCGUUACUCUGAGGAUGACUUAUGGUACCGUGCUCAGGUCAAAUCAGUGGAGCGUCAAAACCCUCUUGAAGUAAGAGUUGUGUACGUGGAUUAUGGCACUACAGAAGUGGUCAAUGCCGACAGGUGAAGUGCUUCGCAAUUGCCUUUGGUUCUUUGAAUUUUAAUCACCCCACUCAGAUCUAUUAUAGCGCGACCGGGAAACCCGUGACCACUUGAAAUAUGUCAGGAAUGGUUAUUGUGUUAUGACCAAUCACAGCAAAGAUCAGCACACGCGAACUAGCCACAAAACCACAAACUAAUUAACGUUCUUGCUUGCGGUUUAGUUUUCUCACGCCUAACUGGCUUCUUUCCUGCAACACAAUAACAUUCCAGAAAUGUUUUUGGUGUUCACGGUUUUCCCGGGUUGACUGUAAGACUCUAGUCUGGAAUGCUUGUGUCUCUGUUCUUGGUAUGAACGGCUAAAGCACUACAGGUUGUGUCUCUGAAAUUAGCAAUGAGGCUGGGGAGUGGGGGGAUGGGCGGAAAUCAAAAGGAUCCCUGGGACACUUGAUUGCAUAAGCCAGGCUGGCUUGCUUUGUUGAGAUCUUAGCAUUUUAGUUAAACGCAGCAAAAUUCAACUUGACAACCGAGCCAUCUCAAUUAUCUGGGAUCCCGGUAUUGAGAUACCGGGAUCCCAGAUAACAAGGCUGCAACUUGUCUACGUAAUCACGCUUGUCGCGCCAGGCGGGCGGACCAAGCGGGCAAAACGACAGCAGGUAACACUAUGCUCUUGCAAACUGCGUCCAAUUUAUCUGUGCUUUAAACAUUGCAGAUCCGGGCUGGCCUGCUUCAUGUAAUACAGCCGAACCUCCCUUAAAGCGACCACCCAAAUUGUGAAGAUUUAGUGGUCGCUUACGAGAAGUGGUCGCACAUGGAGGUUCGACUGUAUCAGAAUAAAGACACCCCGGCUAUAGUUAGUAGAGGACACUGGUUAUGAAAGCCAGCCAACAUCAAAGUUGAAAACAACGGUGCUGUAGUUUAUGUUGGAAGCUCCCUGACCGUGCUCAAUCCUUUGUUGUUUGUUCCCAAAUUGUGACUGAAUAGGUUAACACAAUGUCUCUGUUGGUCAGUAAGUAUAAAAUGAUAGGAAUGCUAUUGAACGUUGUGCACGCUCAGGUCCAAAAUGCUAACAAAAACAUAACAAAGAAGUCUUUUGAGCUUCAUAACCAUUCCACUUUAUUAACUAUGUCUCGGCUAAUCGAGCCAGCCUGGCUUUUGUAAUAAGGCCCGGCUUAGCUUCUCAAAAACCUUCAGAAAACGUCUCUCGUUAGCAUGCAUUAUUUUAGCUUUAUUCAAUUAGUGGAAAUGAUGUAUAGGUGAAUUCUGUAAACUGACGGGCAGGUUGCGAGGUUUUCCUUCCGAGUUACUGGAAUUACCUACGCAGUCUACACGCUGCUUCCUCGCUGACAUCAGACCUCCAGAUACCACAGAGGGACCAAUGACGGAGGAUGGUUGUUGGCCUGUGAACACCAUGGAAGCGCUUAUACAGUUAGUAGCCGGCAAGAAACUUGUGGCGAAGACGAUGGUAAGUGAGAUUCGAAAUGUUUCUUUUGUUGUUGGAAGAAAUGUUAAUGGCUUGUUUAGAGUGGUACAGUAUUGCACUUGUCUACUCGAACUCCACUCCACUCGUAACAAAUGACUUGAAAUGCCAUAAAUGUAAAGCCAGUUGGAUAUUUACAGGCGUAAUCGAAGAUUAAACUCGCGACCACUGAGAAUUAAAUCCAGGUAUUGGUCUGAGCGGGACUGCGAGUACGCCAAUACGCUGAUAACUGGGCCACGCUUAUGAUAAAGUUCUUUGAAUGAGAGAAUCAGUUAAUUAAAAGAAAGAAAACGCCGGGCCAACACGCUCCAUUAGAAAAGAAAGAUCUCCUAGCUUUCGCUGAGUACAGUGUCUGAAGGGUGUUUUUCGAUGCAAGAACCGCCACUAAAAGAUAGGAAUUUUACUGUUUACUUUUACCCUUUACUAAGGUUUCUUUUCAGUUUUCUUGUUGAAAGGUUCCUUCGGUCGGUCAUAACUCAGCUUCCCGCACAAUUUUGGUAUCGCCUCUAAUGGCCUUGACUUUAAAAGCGGAAUUCAGCUUGCGGUGUCUCCAAGUGCAUAAUGAUGUCAUCUUAAGUACCUUAUGUUAGGUUGACACAUUGUAAACUGUAUAUUUCAUCCCAGCCCCAGCUUAGCUGUGUACAGUGGUCGCAGGGUGCUAGAACCAAUUUUGGCAUCUGUGAAUUCAGUUUCCUGUGUACAUAUACCCUUUACUAAAUUCCCCUCCAGUCUCCUUGUUGGAAGUGUCAACCUAGUAUCGCCUGUAUGAAUUUGACAAUAAAAGCGAAGCUCUACAUGCGGUGACCCAAAGGACAAAAUGUUGCGACCUUAAGUAUCUUCUGAUAGGUUGACAUAUGGUAAACUGUUUAUUUCUAGUUCAGUGGUCCGCCGGCGAGUGUCAUUUUGUAUGAACACAAAACAAGAAGUGAUGGAUGUAUUGAACAAGUGUCUGUUGGAUAUCUGCUGGCUCAGAAGGGCCUUGCAAAGUGUGCGGAUUACGCGGAACAUGUGAGGAUUGAAGAGUCAGAUAAUGAUGACCCGGAGAACUGUGAGUCUGACGGAAACGUGCUGGAGUUUCAGGAAUCAGAACUUAGUUUUAAAUCGGCGGCGGCUGAAGCCAGAACGGAGUCUAAAAGCUCGUCUUCUGCAGAUCUUCUGGAGAAAAUUUUUGACUCGAAAGUAGGCUUUGCCUCUUCGUUAUCUCCUAAAACGCCACUUCUGACACCAUCGGCAAUGUCAAGUAGAGGCGAACAGCAAUCUUCAAAGAAAAAAGAAAUGAGUACAGAGCUUAGCAGUUCUCUUAAGAACAAGGAAGAUGAGAACUCACCACAAAUAACUACGGAUCAGGCACGUGACGAAACACGUGACCAAGAACAUUCAUCUAGUGAACCUGUGGCUGUCGAGCAGGCGACGGAAGUAAGAGCAGCGGUUGCAGGUUCGAACGUUACGGAAGUAAAUCAAGACUCUGUGGAGUCUUCCGUUUAA